AUGUUAAGAAUAGGACAGACAAUAGCGGAUGUUAGCGUAAAGACGACCGUUGGCGAAUUUAGCGUACACGAGUACUUCAGAGACAGCUGGGGUUUGUUAGUAUGUUAUGUAGCUGAUUUUUCUGCUGUAUGUACCGAUGAGCUGAGUCAGUUGGUGAAAAACUUUCAUGAAUUUGAAUCUCGAGGUAUAAAAAUAUUAGCUAUGUCUUGUGAUUCUAUUAAUUCUCAUACUAAAUGGAUAGAGGAUGUAAAGAAAAUAAGUGGAUUAAAAUAUGAAGAAGAAUUUCCAUUUCCAAUUGUGUCAGAUUGUAAUCGUAUGAUGUCUUUGUACCUCAACGUAUUAGAUGCAAAAUGCACGGAUGAAGACGGUAUUCCUCUUUCUUGUAGAGCAGCAUUUGUUUUGGCACCUGACAUGACCAUACAACUCAUACAUUUUUAUCCUCAAAACAUUGGACGUAACUUUGAUGAAAUCUUUAGAACUAUUGAUGCCUUACAGCUGUCUUUCAAAUUCAGCAAUGACUUAUAUACUCCAUGCGGGUGGAAACCUGUCAUGGAUUGCUUGAUAUCGCCAAAAACACCUAAAGAUGAAAUUGAAAAAAAAAUUUCCUAUCACAACAGUUAUUGA